AUGGAAGCCCAGCAAAGAACCCAAUUUGAGGGCAGGGAAGGGCUGCUAGUCCAAGCGGGGCGGGAAAGCGAAGAGGAGCCAGCCCCGCCGGCAGGAGCCGCGCCGCCCCCCACCCCCGCACCCGCGCCCCCCGUCCCGAGCCCCGAGGAGCCCGGCCGGGCGCAAGUUGGCCGCCGCUCCGGCCCCGCCACUCACCGUCGCGCGGCUUUUGCCCGGGCCAGGCGGGCGGGCGGCGAGGGGAGAGCCCGCGGCGGCGGCGGCGGCGGCGGUGGCGGCGGAGGGCAGCGCAUCGCCGGCGGCGCGGCAGGCGAGUUCGCAGCGCCCGCUUCCAGCCUCUCUAGCGGGGCUCGGCGGCGCGGCCAGCAAAUCACCAGCCGCUGCCUGACGUUGCCGGGCUGGCGAGGCGCGUCGGAGCCGCCCCUCCCCCGCCCCCUCCCCUCCCCUCCCCCCCUCCCCGCGAAGCCCCGGCCGGAAACCAUCUUGACUGCUGGCACCGGCCGGCCCCGCCCGCCCCGCCCCCCCCGCCUGGCCGGGGCUGCCCUGACCCCUAGUGCCCGGGCCCGAGGAGCACAGCCGGACCUCGGCCCCGCAGCCCCCGGCGCCUCCGCUGCCCCGGAGCCCCAUCCUCCGCCGCCCCCUCAAGGGAGCGAGCGGGGCGCCGGUGCUGGACAGCGCUCGCCGCUUGCCCGCUUCCAAAAUGGAGGCGGCGGCUGCAGCCGGCGAGGGCGGGCGGAGGAGAGACACGCCCCUUUCGGCCCCGCCUCCGCGCACCUGCCGCCGCCGCUGCUGCCGCUGCUGCCCGCCUCGCCCGCGCCCCGACUUGGAGCAGCCCCUCCGUCCCCGGCAGCCUGGACGCCGCCGCCGCCGCCGGCCGGCCCGAGCGCGCCCGUGCAGGGGCUUCCCCGGCCGGCCCGCAGCGCCCGCCCCGUCCAGGAGGAGCCCGGAGGCGGCUGGGCAGCGUUGGCCGCUCCGGGCCCGUUUGGGGGAGCCUGGGACCCGCCUGGAGCCCCGCCGGAGUUGCGGCGCUUCAGGCAUCGAGGAGGGGGCUCAGCUGGGGAAGAAGGCGGCUCGGCCUGGCUGGUCUCGGGAAGCGAAGGGCCAGGGGAGACCGGAGAGCAGCAGCCUUCGGAUGACUACAAUGCAGGAGCAUCUUCUACUAUCAGAGAAAUGGUUUUUGAUCUCCUCCCAGAGAUCUAA